AUGGCAACACCACAAUUCCCGACACGCCCUUUCCCAGGCUUGGGUCGCGCAAGCACUGUAGGCCAACAACAGCAACAACAACAACAAGCACCCCAAAAUGCAAAUACAUACCAACCGCCUAGUUAUGGAGGGCCGUCGAAUACGUACAAUGCAGGGGGUGCAGGGGCAGCAGGACAACGAGACGUGAUAGCGCGACAAGAGCGCGAAAGAGCCGAGCGCGAACGACGGGAAGCAGAAGAGCGCGCAGGAGCCUUGGAUGCCCUGUCCGAAGAACAAAGGGAAGAAAUCAAUGAAGCUGUUCGUGUUUUCUCAUUCCCUUACUUUCUCUCAAAAGUCUCAAUCGCUGACGAAAAUAAACACAGUNUUUCCCUUUUCGAUCUCGACAAAGACAACCACAUCGACUACCACGAACUCAAAGUCGCCCUCAAAGCCCUAGGUUUCGACCUUUCGAAAUCUGAAAUCUUGACACUGCUCCAAACACAUGGAAUCCCUGCCUCGUCCACUACAUCCCACCUCCCUGCUCCCACAAACGCCAAACCUUCUNUUUCAGGCCCAGGGCGCUUGGUAUUGCCGCACGCUUCUUUUGUGUCCAUUGCUGCUGCAAGGAUCCUAGCACGAGACCCUAGAGACGAGAUACUCAGGGCGUUUGAACUGUUUGACGCCGAAGGAAAAGGAAACAUCAAUCUAGGGGAUUUGAGACGGGUGGCUAGAGAGCUUGGAGAAGGAUUGCAAGAGGAGGAGUUGGUGGCUAUGAUUGAAGAGUUUGAUCUUGAUGGCGAUGGUGCGAUUAGCAGGGAUGAGUUUGUGGGUAUUUGCUUGGGAUGA